UUUUGAAGUUCGAAGUACGAAGUUCGAAGUUCGAGCUGCUUUUGGCUGGUAUCACUGCUCGUGAUUGUGAUGAUUGUGAUUCUACGAGAAUGGGUGGGUUGCCCGUGCCAGUGAGGUCUUGGAGUUUGGCGUCUAAGUAAAAAAAUAAACCAAAAAACAAAAGGUAGAGUGCAUGAAAUGUUGAAGACAGAGAUUCGUCAAUUGUCUAGCAUCAUCUCACGUUAUUAACGAGUUCCCGGCCGAUGCAACAAUCGUUACGAAAAUAUCACCGCGUCCCUUGGGAUGCGGCGUUCCUCGCAUUCAUUUCGAACUCGAAUUACUCGACAAAAUGAAGACGUUUGGUGAAAUAGCACUGGUGUAUAUUGCGGUGCUGCAAUGCCUCUGCGGCGUUUGCAUGCCCCAUUUAUUGAUAAACGUGAGGAACCAGGGUGGAGAUAUCCUUCUAGAGACGAUCUCCUCCAACGUUACUGACGAUACUAUAAGCCUUGAGUUCCAGCGAUCCGAUGGCACGCUGGUCACACAGCUCGUAGAUUUCAGAAAUGAGGUGCAGGUGAUAAAAGCUUUGGUACUAGGGGAGGAGGAGCGCGGGCAAAAUCAGUAUCAAGUGAUGUGUUUUGUCAAUCACUUCUACAAAAUGGAUUUUAUAUCAUCCGACGCAAUGUCUAAGCUGAGGCAAAAAAAUCCUGGCACAAUUCGUAUCGCCGAAGAGGAUAGGGGUCAUAGUAACUAUACUAUGGAUUUGUUUCUCGACGUAUCCAAAUCCGGCGUCAUCUCUAAGCAUGUUGCUACCUUAUGUGCAGAAGCUGCUGACACGACCUACACGAGAAACGAUGAUCUAAAACAAUGGGUGCAAAGACCUGGUUCUUCGGAAGCAGCCCUUAUGGCAACAGCGCGUAACUUCACGACUACCCCAGUCACACAACAGGCGGGGAAUGAGUCAAAACCUGUGUCACUGCCCAAAUGUGCAGAUACGUCAAAUUUAUGGGCACCCUGUACUUGUUCGUUAGAACUGUGUAUAGGCUGGUAUCCAUGCGGACUAAAAUUCUGCAAGGGUAAAGGUGACGGUAAAAAACCAGCGAGCUCUUACCGCUGCGGAAUUAAAACAUGCAAGAAGUGUUUUAUAUUUUCAUACUACUCACAAUUGAAGCAGAAUUGUUUGUGGGACGAAUGACAUCUGCGAACGUAAUAGCUUUAAUUUCUACACACCUAUUUAGGUCGUAACACUUGAGGCGACAUUCACACCAAAUAAAGUCUGAUGAAAACUGCCUUUGUAGGGAUAGGUAGGCCUCUUAUCUUCAACGCUAAAAAUAAUAACUAAAUACAACAGUAACAUUGAAAUUCAUCCGACGUUUUGUAUCCACUUGGUAAAAGUUUUCAUUUCUGUUCAUUCGGUCAGGUUGUUUUGUUGAAGGCAUUUAUUUCAGUUGAGGGAGAGGCCUUUAGUAUAAUUGGGCGGUAAUUAUUCUUGCUAUUUGAAACUCUUUCUAAAUAUUUUGGUGUGAAUUCAGCGUAAGAGGAUCCAAAAAAGUGUGCUGAAUAUUCGCCAAAGAUUAGUACUAUUCUGACGUUUGCACGCGGCCAUUUGUUGUGUAUCAAAAAAUAAUCCAACGAUGAAUCUUUCGCUCCCAAGGAUACAUUGAGGACAUCAUGUCACGUGACUUAGUACAUCAAUUGAUUCGUGCCGUCUUAUAAAUAGUGCUCUCUCUGUUCUAUUGAGAAUCUUGAAUGGCGUUCGGUAAUGCUUCGGUUACUGGUUUGGUUCAGUAUCCAUUGCCUAACGUUGUACCAGGGUUCGAAGCUACGAUCGAUGUCAAAUGUUUUGGUCGAGAUCAAAGUAUUGUGCAAUAAGGAUGCUUCAUCUCUCUGUUAACUAUUUAAAAAGUGGUCUAUGGCAAUAUUUUGCUGGGUGCUGUUAGACUCUUGCUCGAGGUUAGACCUAAAAUUGUACAUAAAUCUACUAAUUAAAUUGUUAGCUCGCAUAAAAUGUUGAGUAUGUGAUUGAAAAUCAAGUUUGAUAAUUUAUUGCAACGAUUUUUUUCGUUUAGUUUCAUUGAAUGGAUUGAGUGGUAACCCACUUAACGUAUUUUGACAUUUUUAAGUUAUUAGAUUGACACAAUAAGCAUACACAGAAAGGACCAAUGUGACUUUUCACAAACACAUUCCAAAUAUAUCUUAAAAUUGCUGUAUGCUUUGUGCUAAAAAGCAGUUUCACGGAUUUUAUUAUUUUGGUCAGACUUGGGGUGAAAUUUAUAUCAUCUCAAUGCAGCAUUUCACGUAAAUAUUAUUUUUUUUGCUGUUUAACAGGAUCCAUACUUUUUUGUUUUGAAUGUGGUAAGAAUGCAGGAUAGAUAGAACUUGCAAGUAGAUUUACAACAUUCGGUGCACCCUCUAGCUUUAUUUUUUCAUUGAAAAUAAUUAUACCUUUCACAAUUUGAUUAUUUUCAUACUCAUCACGAAAUAACCAUUGUCCAAGCGUCAAAAUACUCGCCUUCGAUUUGAACACUUGAUUUAAGUGAUUGCUCUCUGAGAAUGUUGAUUUACUUGAAAUUCGAUAGAAAUACUCAGCUUGCAUUGAAAUGUUUUUUAUACCCUCUAAUUGACAUUCCGAAUUAUUAAUUAAAUAUUAGUGAUCACAAUAAUAGUAUUCCUCGCUGCAUUAUUCAUGCCAUUCCAAUUUUCAUUCAUCCAUAUCUAUACACGUAAUCGUACUUUUAACGAUAUUUAAUAAUCAUACUUGUUAUUUAAUUCGCAGUGGGAGAGCUAUCAAUCCAUUUAAAUGACAUCUAUACUUAAAAUCACUUUAUACACCAAAAAACUGCCAUAGAUAUUUAUGAUUGUAUACUGCAAUUGAAAUAAUCGAUACUGUAUAUUAUAAUAAUUAAUUUUAAUGAAGCCUUGAAUUGAGACAGUGGGCGAGGUAGCUAUUCUAGAAAUAUAAUUACAUUAACUUCACGUGCUUUUGCCAAGUGUAGCACAGCUCACUAGGAUUGAAUAAGGCAAUAGGUGCAAUUGAAAUUAUUGAUGCUUUAGACUAUACAAGUCGUUUUUCUUCGCUUGCAGUGCUUAUUGAAUAUUUUUUUAUCGCGACACCGGUUUUACGCACUACAAAUGUAUCGUUCUCUAAAUCCUCUCCGACUUUUCGUUCACGCGUAUUGUGAAGAAAUUACAAUGCCUUGGUUGAAAUCGAUGAAAUGUUCUCUUUUGUGAUAGAGAUGUGGUUGCGAUUCGUAAAUCCGUACGAAGAAACUACUCCUAUACACAUAAAUCGUGGUUCACGAAUUGCGAUUUGAGUAUCAUGAAUAGUCACAGUCAAUAGAGAAGUUAAUUUUAAGAAUAUUAAACGAAAGGGUCGGUAUAACGCUGGCUGCCACUUUGUUCACCGAUGAACACGUCUCGGCAGUGUUAAACUUGAAACGUGAGAGAAAAAUGGUGACAUUAUUAUUAUAUGUAUAUAAAAAUCAAUAGAGUAACGCAGAUAGGGACUAUAAUGGAUAAUGAAGAAAAAUAAUCAUAACAAUAAUAAUAGAAAUAGUAGUAUUACGUAAUGCUGAGCUAAAUUUUACACAACGCUGUAACGGUAUAACUACAGUAAUUCUACUAACUGUAAACUAUAAGUAUACAAUUGGAACUUUCGGUGAUAAAUCAUAGUUCUGUGUAUAUACUCGUAUGCGCGAUACGGAGAAGAUAUUCACUGGAAAAGUUAAUAUUUAUGUAGGUAUAUGUAUAAUAUACUAUAUGCCGUACUUCAACAUAGGUGUAUGAACACAUUGUUAAUUUUUAAUAUUUUCCUUCUUUUCAUCACUGCAAAGUAAAAUUUAUCGGUAUACAAAGUCAAGUUACGAAAAGUUAUAUUUAUUGUAUAACAUCACAUCACCAUGUUUUAUGCUUUGCAUAUAAUGUUGUAAUUAUAUACAUAUUUUUAUAUACAUAUAUUAUAUUAUAUUUAAUAAAAAGAAAAACCAGA